UUUCAGCGUGCGGUUCAAAAGUAGAAGACGGUUAAGGGAAGGCCGGGACUCCUAAUUGAUCCGGGAUUCUCAGUGCUGAACUGGUGUUCUUGCCGACAGGAAGAGACGAUGGACUUCAAGACGCUAAGGGCAAAGUUCCAGGCUGAAAACGUCCGCCUGAGGCAGAGGCCUUGGGAAAACCCCACCCUCUCGGAGAAACCCAAAGCGGUUCCUCCUCCGGGGAGCCACACGCAUUACCUCCCGGCAGGAGCUCGCCCGUCCCUGCUCACUUCCAUUAACCAGACCGUGAACGGGAGGAGCGCCUUGGGCCCCAAGGUGGUCUUCAAAAAUGAGAAGAAGCCUCUCAUUAAGACGGACACAAAUAGGAGUGACGGGAAGCUAUACGGCGGUAAGGACAAACUGAUGAAGGGAAGCAGGGAGUUUGAGUUUGAGGAAAGGAGAGAUAAGAAGCUCCCUGGGGUGACAACUACAGAGCUGGUGUCUGCACCAGCGGCCCCUAAAGCUCACACCUCCAAGAAGAAGGGUUUUUUUGGCUUCAAAAGGUCAGCAAAGUCUGUUGACAUUCCAGCUGAUUCCGUCUUGGACUCCCCUAGUCUGGACAUCUCUGGACCAGCCCUACUCAUUCCUACUCCUCCCGAGUUUGAAGACUCGGAGUCUGACAGCUCGCCGUCAGAAACACCGAACAUGUCCUCCCUAUCUGACCAUGAAGUGGACUCAAACCUCGUCCCUCCUGGCUUCAGCCCUCCCCCCGCCUUCAUUCCAGAUAUUCCGCAUCUGAACCUCCCUCGUACCCUGAGAGUCCAACCCCCGCCAACCUCUACCCCGCCCAUUUCCAUACUUGACAAUCAAGGCGACCUCAGUACAGCGCAGAUCACUCCAACCAUUUACCAGGCCGCCUUCAGACCCCCACCUGGGGUCUCGUCACCGCCACCCGUUAGCGUAGAGGCGCUGCUUAACCAGCCGACUAAAACCCGCGUGUCCGCCCCCUCACCAAUACAAGAUGAGAAUCCAACGGCUCUAUUCUCUGCCUUGGAGAGGGCGGAGGACAUGAGGAAGCCCUCCCCAGCGGACCAGAGGGUUCGGAGCGCUCUGGAGAAGGCUACCAAAAAGGCGACCAGCAACGUCCAGAGAAACUCUUCCCUCAAUGUCCCGUCUCUUUCUGAGGAUCUCCACCGUCCUCAGAGCAUGCUCGCAAGUUUCCCACCCAUCGACUAUGACGCCAUGACGGCCGGACAACUCAACGGAAUAGAUCACAGACGAGACUCUCCGACAUUAGACGCCAUGGUCCAAGGAGGGACUGGAGACAUUUCGGAGUUGUUGGUGGUCCCAACUCCUCCACACAGGAUUGUGGAUCCGGUCUUUUCAGCGGUUCCUCCAGUGGUUCCUCCAGUGGUUCCUCCAGCGGUUCCUCCAGCGGUUCCUCCAAAGACGCCGGCCAAACGAUUCAGCGCCAAAACCCCCGACUUCAUCCAGCCGCCUGCGCUACAAGAGAUCCCUGGGGCGUCUUUGGAGUUUUCCGAGACGGACAUCAGGAAUGUGGGACGCGUUGACAUCGGCGCCGGUGCGCAGUCCGCCGGUCCGCAUAUUCCAUUCGGCGUGAACUUUGCGCCAUCGAACACUGGUAAUGUCGCGAUGCCAGGAGUAGCCGUGCAAGGAGAUCCUAGGUUCACUGCUAGAAGCCCGGUCAUGCCAAUUCCCUUGCGGACUAAGACCUCCUUUCCCACCCCGGCUGUGGACGGUCUUGCCAUGAGAGGGUUUGCUACAGAUAAUUACUUCUCUGAGGACGGGGCCAAAAAGAAGACAAAGAUCGGCGGCAACAAGAAAAGGAAGAAAUCUCUAAAAAAUCCGUAUGCUGAAGCUACUCGGGAACGUCGUGAAGAGAAAAACAAGAUGGGCAGGUUUGGAAAAAGUGACAAGAAGGUGGUGGUAGAAGGUCCUGACGAGAAGGAGCUGAAAAAGAGAGAGAAGCAUCGCCUGGAGCGAGAGAAGAAAGAACAGAAGGAGAGACAAGAGAAGGAGAAGAAGGAGCACAAGGAGAGGGAGAAGAGGGAGAACGAGAUGAAUAAAAAAUUCAAGAUCUCCGGUAACGAGGAGGCCAUUUACAACGCCAUGGUCACCGGGAUGACGAAAAGGCAAAAGGACGACCUGCCCGUGGAGAACGGGGACAUGGUCAGCAUCAUCAGGACCACCCGAUGUCCCAAAGGCAGAUGGUUAGCCCGUGACCUCGCCAACAACUUCGGGUAUGUCACUGUGGCACACUUGGAGCUGGACAUCAAGGAGAUGUUGGCGAUAGGAAAGAAAGUUCCCGCCGCUACUCCGCCUAAGACCAUCAACCUUGUGGAUUUGGAAGCCUCCAACAUAGGGAGCAGGAUUCCAAACCCCGUCACACUUGCCUCAGAAAGCUUUUCAGACGACAGCGACUGGGGCGACGACGAGAACGAAUCCUCCGUUAUCAACGCCGCCGCGUUACCCCGAGCGUCUGUGAGAAACAGCCGAGCGUUCUCCGUGCCGGACGUAGGCCACUCAGACCUCUAUGCCAACCAACAGUACAAUAACAGUGACGUCAUUGCGGGUGGAAUGCAUGAACAAGCCAGAAAUGAAGCCCUUCAAAAGUUGACCACGUUUUUCCAAUCGCCUAAAACUGUACAGCCGACUGCCAGCGUCACUGAACGACAAACAAGUCUCGUACAUCACGGCGAGCACGAGGUUCAUCAGUCACAGGCGAGUUCAGUACAGGAUAUUUUACAUCCUGAUAUGCUGAUUUUGCCUCCUCCAGAGAUGUACGCUGACGAUAGCGAUUAACGACUGACAAGCAAGAUGGAUUUUUCUUCAUGCUGUGACAUUUUUAAAAGCUUUUUUGAACUGUGUGGAUUCAUAAAGAGUGGACUUUCAGUGUACAAAGUCAGCAAGGAACUUCUUUGUGCUUUCAGUCUCAACGAAAGAACAAUAAACCAAUUUGAACCGUUGAUUUCUGGAUAAAGAUGAGCUACUAAGCAAGGUGCACACAAUCAGGAUUGGAUCUUGUCAUUGUUAUGAGACAUCACUUACCAGUUUACAGUGUUUUCACCAGCGACAAAUACAUACAAUGACGUUUAUUAUGUACUACUUCUUUCUAACCAUAUUAUUUAGCUGCUGUCUUCCUGUUUCACCCAGUUUAUCCCAAAAUUAAUCAGUAAACGUCUCUUGUUAUAUGAUGAACAUCUGAUCCCAAAAACCUUCUAUUGGUGACAAUAAAUACAGUACAAUGCUCA